CAAAAAUACAUAUAAACGCGCAUUCCGGGAUCCCUUGCUGCCUUCCACGUGGAAACCCAUAUUGAAAAGAGCUUGGAAACUUGGGGUCUCGUAGCUGCGGGUAUUAGCUGAAUAUCACCUCUGCGAAAUUUCAACCGAAGUCGACCAUGGACGAAGUCAAGACGUCCCAUGGAACUCACGGCCAGAGCGGCGAGAUUGAGAAAGACGUCGCAAAAGUGGACACCAUCAACCUCGAGAAGUCAACUCUUCACAUUGACGAUGAGGCCGGAGACCUUGCAGCCCAGGCUCUCGCCAGCGGGCGCUUGGACGAGGCUGCGUCGAAGAAAGUCCUCAGGAAGAUUGAUCUCUACAUUCUCCCAUUCCUCUGCAUUACGUACGCCCUCCAAUUCAUCGACAAGACUUCGCUAGGCUACUCGAGUGUCUAUGGAAUCUUCAAAGAUACCCACCUCGUCGGCCAGGACUACUCCUGGGCGAGCUCAAUAUUCUACUUUGGAUACCUCAUCUCAGAGUAUCCUGGUGUAGCCAUCAUCCAGCGAUUCCCGGUCGCGAAGUUCCUCGCCGCAAACAUCAUCCUCUGGGGCGCUGUAUUGAUGACAACGGCCGAAUGCCAUUCUUUCGCUGGUCUUGCUACAGUUCGAUUCUUUUUGGGUGUUACCGAAGCUACCAUUUCGCCGGGUUUCGUGGCCAUCACUGGGAUAUGGUGGACGCGACAGGAGCAAGCCGGCCGCUCCGCUCUCUGGAUAUCCUUCCUCGGCGUUGGAUCUCUUUUCGGCGGCCUUAUUGCAUUCGGAAUCGGCCAUAUUACCGGUAGUCUCUCGCCCUGGAAGUACAUCUACCUCAUCCUCGGUGCUGUAACUAUGAGUUGGGGUGUUUUAUUCUUCUUUGUCGUUCCAGAUAGCCCGACGCAAGUUAAAUGGCUCACUCAGGAAGAGAAGAUUAUCGCUGUGCAGCGUGUCAUUGGGAAUAAAACCGGCACAAAGUCUCGGACCUUCGUCAAAGCGCAAGUAAUCGAGGCCGUCACAGAUCCUAAGAUCAUCGUGCUGGGUCUGAUAUCGUUCGUCAAUGCUCUUGCAUCUGGCGGGCUUUCAUUUGGAUCCUUGAUCAUCGCCGGGUUCGGAUUCAGUCCCAUUGAAACGACGCUGAUGAAUAUGCCUCUUGGAGCCGUUCAGACAGUCGCCCAGCUGACUGCCGGCUAUCUCUGUACGAAGAUUAAGAGCUCCCGUUUGAUCAUUGCUUCAAUCGCUAUGGUACCACCAAUCAUUGGUACUUGUCUCAUCAACCAGCUUCAUUCAACGAACAAGUGGGGCCGGCUUGUCGGUGUCUGGCUUCUAGGCUCCUACCCUGUCGGCUUCAUGGUGAUUCUAGGCCUCCUAAGCACCAACAUUGCUGGCUCCACAAAGCGUUCCGUAGCGUCGGGCUGGGUUUUCGUCUGCUAUUGCGUUGGCCAGAUCUCAGGACCCCAGUUCUUCAAGAACUCCCAAAAACCAGCGUAUCAUAGUGGUAUCGUGGCUAUGCUCUGCGGUUUUGUGUUGAACUUAGUGCUCAACCAAGUUUUGCGCGUCUUGUAUGUUCGCGAGAAUGCUAAGAGGGAUAAGAUGAUUGAAGGGAAGGGUGAGGAGGAGCUUGCGGAGUUGCAGAUGGAGAGUAAUAUCAAGGGGUUUGAAAAUACGACGGAUUCGCAGAACAUGAUGUUUCGGUAUGUCUUGUAGGAUUCUAGGCUGUGGGAAUCUUGAACAAAUAGUAUUAUACUCCUCGAUUGCAAUGCCAAGUGAUGUACGACUAUGAGUACUAAAUGUUCAAAUCGCCUUUGAAUAACCUGUUGGUGAUGACGGGUGGAUGGAGGACUUCUGUGCCACAUAAAAGGAGACUUGGGAUGGUUAUAUUAGCGCGUAGCUAGACUCACAUACGAAAUGAGGAGCACGUAAGGAAUAGCUGUAGUGACUCGUAGCGUUACUCUUCUUGUUCGCAGAGCUUCUAAGUUAUCACCUCCCUCUCGAC